GCGCGCGGGCCAUGGCGGAGGGCACGGCGGGCAGAUGGGCUCCAGACGCCGCGGGGGCGGAGUACGACUCCCGCCCGGGCCCCGACAGCCUCCUGGGGGACGGCGUGGCGGCUGUCCCCGGGGCCCGGUCGAGGGACCGUCGCAGCGGGGUCGCGCUGCCGGGCGCUGCAGGGGCCGCGGACGGCGAGGCGGGCUUCCUGGAGGCGGCGCGGGCCACUCCCCGGCGCAGCAGCAUCAUUAAGGAUCCUUCAAACCAAAAAUGUGGUGGAAGAAAGAAAACUGUGUCUUUCAGCAGCAUGCCAUCAGAAAAGAAAAUUAGCAGUGCAAGUGACUGCAUCAGCUUCAUGCAAGCUGGUUGUGAACUGAAGAAAGUGCGGCCAAAUUCUCGGAUUUACAACCGUUUUUUUACUCUGGACACAGACCUCCAAGCUCUUCGCUGGGAACCUUCCAAGAAAGAUCUUGAGAAAGCUAAGCUUGAUAUUUCAGCUAUAAAAGAAAUCAGACUGGGCAAGAACACAGAAACAUUUAGAAACAGUGGGCUUGCUGACCAGAUUUGUGAGGACUGUGCCUUUUCCAUACUCCAUGAGGAAAACUAUGAGUCUCUGGACCUUGUUGCCAAUUCAGCGGAUGUAGCAAAUAUCUGGGUAUCUGGGUUACGGUACCUGGUUUCUCGAAGUAAGCAGCCCCUGGAUUUCAUGGAGGAUAACCAGAACACACCCAGGUUCCUGUGGUUGAAAACAGUGUUUGAAGCAGCAGAUAUUGAUGGGAAUGGGAUUAUGUUAGAGGACACAUCUGUAGAGUUAAUAAAACAACUCAACCCUACCCUGAAGGAAUCCAAGAUCAGAUUAAAGUUUAAAGAAAUACAGAAGAGCAAAGAAAAACUAACCACCCGAGUGACAGAAGAAGAAUUUUGUGAGGCUUUUUAUGAACUUUGCACAAGACCAGAAGUGUACUUCUUACUUGUACAGAUAUCUAAAAACAAAGAAUAUUUGGACGCCAAUGAUCUCAUGCUCUUUUUAGAAGCUGAGCAAGGAGUCACCCAUAUCACCGAGGAGAUGUGUUUAGACAUUAUUCGGAGAUUUGAAUUUUCUGAAGAAGGGCGUCAAAAAGGAUUUCUUGCAAUUGAUGGCUUUACCCAGUACUUGUUGUCACCAGAAUGUGACAUCUUUGAUCCUGAGCAAAAAAAGGUUGCUCAAGAUAUGACUCAGCCAUUAUCUCACUACUACAUCAAUGCUUCUCAUAAUACCUAUCUCAUAGAAGACCAGUUUAGGGGGCCGGCUGAUAUUAAUGGCUAUGUGAGAGCUUUGAAAAUGGGCUGUCGAAGCAUUGAACUUGAUGUCAGCGAUGGCACAGACAAUGAGCCGAUCCUUUGCAAUCGAAAUAAUAUGACUCCACACCUUUCCUUUCGAAGUGUCAUAGAGGUGAUAAACAAAUUUGCCUUUACUGCUUCUGAAUACCCACUUAUUCUUUGUUUGGGGAAUUACUGCUCGCUACCACAGCAGAAGAUAAUGGCUCAACAGAUGAAAAAGGUUUUUGGCAGUAAGCUCUAUACUGAUGCACCUUUGCCUUCAGAAUCCUACCUUCCAUCACCAGAAAAAUUGAAAAAGAUGAUCAUUGUGAAAGGAAAGAAAUUGCCAUCAGAUCUGGAUGUGUUAGAAGGAGAAGUAACAGAUGAAGAUGAAGAAGCUGAAAUGUCUCAGAGGAUGUCAGCAGAUUGCAAUGGUGAGCAGAAACAAAUCUGGCUGUGUAGGGAGCUCUCUGAUUUGGUAUCCAUCUGUAAAUCUGUUCAGUAUAGGGACUUUGAGCUGUCUAUGAAAAGCCAGAACUAUUGGGAAAUUUGUUCAUUUACUGAAACAGAGGCUAGUCGUAUUGCAAAUGAAUAUCCAGAGGAUUUUGUAAACUAUAAUAAGAAAUUCUUAUCAAGAAUCUAUCCAAGUGCCAUGAGGAUCGAUUCUAGCAACUUGAAUCCACAAGACUUUUGGAACUGUGGCUGUCAAAUUGUAGCAAUGAAUUUUCAGACUCCAGGUCCGAUGAUGGACCUUCACACAGGGUGGUUCCUUCAAAAUGGAGGCUGUGGUUAUGUCCUACGACCAUCAAUCAUGCGCGAUGAAGUCUCUUACUUCAGUGCAAACACAAAGGGCAUUGUACCUGGGGUAUCUCCUCUAGCUCUUCAUAUCAAAAUCAUCAGUGGUCAGAAUUUCCCAAAACCCAAAGGAGCUUGUGCCAAAGGGGAUGUCAUAGAUCCCUAUGUUUGCAUAGAGAUACACGGAAUUCCGGCAGAUUGUUCCGAACAGAGAACUAAAACUGUACAACAAAACAGUGAUAAUCCUAUUUUUGAUGAAACUUUUGAGUUUCAAGUAAACCUACCUGAGCUCGCCAUGAUACGCUUUGUUGUUCUGGAUGAUGACUACAUUGGGGAUGAGUUUAUAGGGCAGUAUACAAUACCCUUUGAGUGUUUGCAGCCUGGGUAUCGGCAUGUCCCCCUGCGCUCCUUUGUGGGCGAAGUCAUGGAACACGUGACCCUCUUUGUCCACGUAGCAAUGACGAAUCGAAGCGGAGGAGGGAAGUCACAGAAGCGCAGCCUUUCCGUGAGAAUGGGCAAGAAGGUUCGAGAAUAUACAAUGCUCAGGAAUAUUGGUCUUAAAACCAUAGAUGACGUCUUUAAAAUAGCAGUUCAUCCCUUAAGAGAAGCCAUAGAUAUGAGAGAAAAUAUGCAGAAUGCUAUUGUGUCUGUCAAGGAGCUGUGUGGACUUCCUCCAAUUGCCAGUCUGAAGCAGUGCCUGUUGACCCUGUCCUCUCGCCUCAUCACCAGUGACAAUACUCCCUCUGUCUGUCUUAUGAUGAAAGACAGCUUCCCAUAUUUGGAGCCUCUAGGGUCAAUUCCAGAUGUACAGAAAAAGAUGCUGGCAGCAUAUGAUCUGAUGAUUCAAGAGAGCCGGUUUCUUAUAGAAGUGGCAGACACAGUCCAGGAAAAGAUUGUCCAGUGCCAGAAAUCAGGGAUGAAAUUUCACGAGGAACUUCAUAAUCUGGGAGCAAAAGAGGGUCUGAAAGGAAGAAAACUCAACAAGGCAACAGAGAGCUUUGCUUGGAAUAUUACAGUAUUGAAGGGCCAAGGAGAUCUGCUGAAGAAUGCCAAGAAUGAAGCCAUAGAAAACAUGAAACAGAUCCAGUUGGCAUGCUUGUCCUGUGGUCUGAGUAGAUCACCCAGCAAUGGGACUGAGGCCAAGAGCAAGCGUAGCCUUGAAGCCAUAGAGGAGAAGGAAAGCAGCGAGGAGAAUGGGAAACUGUGAUCUGGGCAGUGCCCUUCCUGCAAGAACUCUGGGGUUUCUUUCUUUCUGUAAGCUUUGUAGAAGUUCACAAAGUGAUGUCCUCUAUGGGGCACUGGGCAGAAACAUAUUUUCACAAUAUCAGUAUUUUAAUGCAGUUAAUUUAUCUAAAUUAAAAUCUUUAGUAGCUGUGUUUUAAAUUUUGAGAUAUGUGCACAUGUGAGUGGAAGUAUGUGUUUAUGCUUGUGAGAGGGAAUCCAUGAGAGAGGGAAGCUUGAAAGAGAAAAGUGUGUGUGUGUGUGUGUGUGUAUGUGUGUGUGUGUGUGUGUGUGUGUGUGUAAGAGAGAGAGAGAGAGAGAAGGACUUGUUAAAAUCUAGUCUUUGUUGUGUUAUUCAUCUAGUAAGUUAUUUUAUCAUCUGGGGGCAAAGUUACUAAUCUGAAAUUCUAAGGAGCACUCACUGUAAUCUGUUGCUGUGUUUAAUUUUACUUUCUAGCUUUGUCAUUUAAUUUAGAUCUUUCAACAUAGCUUAGUGUUGAAGGAGGCCAAAUUUACCAGUUCAUAAAUGUUCUAUAGACUAAAUCUAGAUUAGAAACAUUUCUCAGAUUCACAGUAGUAAUGAAAGUCAAUAAGAGAUCAACAAAUGAUCAGAAUAUCUAGAAAGAUCAGAAAAACUAGUUCAGUGAAUUCUUUGAAGCAUUUAUUAAAUAAAAUCAAUCUCUAGAAAUAAUUUUCUUGUAUUUUUUGAUAAAUAGACAUAAUGGAAGAAGUUAUUAUAAAUCAAUUUAUUCCCACCUAAGUAAUACUUUGAAGCACAAUGAAAGUCCUGUUAUAAUUAGGAAUGUUUGCAUGUUUCAAAUAUUAAGUUGUGAGAGUUCAAGGUUGCUUUGUAGGAAGGUAAUCUACAGUUGUUUUCUGGAACAGACAUAAACAGAUGAUGGAAUUUAAUUUGGAGACUAAGUUUAAAGUAACAGACGUUAUUCAAACAAUGCAAUACCAAACUGAGUUGAUAAAAGUCCUGUGGGUCAGAUAACUUCAUUAUGAUUUCAGACACCUAUGAUGUGAUCUGAACAUAUGCAGAAAUCACAUAGGUGAAAGAAAUGACUAAGUGCAUUUAUUAUUGCAUUUAGUUCAUUUUUGCUUUGAUAUUUUCUUAAAGUGCUUGAGUGUAUAUGUCUGUUACCUCUGGAAGAACCAAGUGUUCUGUGGUUAUAAAAGUAUAUUUAUUUAAAACAUUGCUUUUAUUUUGAAAAGCUUCUAUUUGGUUUGAUUAAUAAAUAUGCUAAUUUGAGGAGUCUAGGGAAAAUAAUUGUUGAAAUUUUACAAAUACAAACAUCUUGUAUAGCUACCAUGUUUUUUCUGACUUCUUAACACUAUUCUGUUCAUGUUGCUUAUUACUGAAAAAGUAAAGACAUGGAACAACACCGUUGAUUGUUUUGCUUGUGAAUUGAUUGAAAAAAGGGAAAGACAAUGAAAACAGAUUGUUAUAUAUAAAAAAUACUUAAUAAUGUAUGUUUCCAUAUACAUAUAGGAUGGAAUUAUCCCUUGGUUGAAAACUGGGUAACUAGGGAGGCGUGUGAGCUUGUUUUAAGGGAGAUUUCCAGUGGUGCUACAGUUGUCUGAAAAAACUCUCUACUCUUCUUGGUACUUGAUCUGUAUUACAGAAGGAGAGCCUAAUGGUGAUGGCCAAUGGCUGAACUUACACUUACCACACUUGAGGACCUGGUUCCCACCUUCAGGGGGAAGCUUCAUGGAUGGCUGAAACAGUGCUGUGGGUGUUUCUUCUCUCUUACUCUCUACUGCUCCCUCCAUAUUACUGUCUCUAUCCAGUAAAUAAAUGAAUAAGUAAAAUUUUAAAAAAGGAUAGGAAAAUGGUUGGAAAAUACUUAUCUAAGCCCCUUCUAAUGGAAAAAAAUAAUGAUACAGAUGAGAACAAAGUCCACUUGACACAACCAGCUAGUUGGUUUCACUUAUGGGACUCUGCAUUCCCUACGUUCCCGUUAGAGAAAUUCAUGCUUUUAGUGGUGGGACAGAAAGGUGGGAAGCAAACCUAAAGAGUGGCAAAUUCAGAGAACAAUGUGUAUUCAGUCCCGUAUUUAGAGAUUCAGAUUCAGCCACUGAGAGCAACUUCCCUAGAUUAUUCUAUUUGUCCUGGAGUUCCGUCUCAUACUUUGGAUCUAUUGCAAGACAGGGGCCCUUCAUUUUGCAAAGCUUAUGACAAGCUACUUUGGGAAAAGAUCCUGACACUUCAGCAAAAAGGUUUUACAGGACCUGAUUAACUAGUGAGGUAUUUAUUUUAAGAAAAUGACAAUUUUGUAGUAAUAGGGAAACAUUUAUUUAUUUACUUUUGCCUCAUGGGUUAUCGCUGGGACUUGGUGCCUACACCAUGAAUCCACUGGUGCUCCUGGCAGCAUCUCCCCCACCAUUAUUAUUGUUGCUGCUGCUGUUGUUGUUGGAUAGAACAGAGAGAAAUCGAGAGGAUAGGGGAAGACAGAGAGGGGGAGAGAAAGAUAGACACCUGCAGACCUGCCUCACCACCUGUGAAACAACUCCCCCUCCACAGGUGGGGAGCCAGGGACUCAAACCAGAAUCCGUGUGCUUCAUACUAUGUGUGCUUAACCCAGUGUGCUACCACCCAGCCCCCUUAAUAGAGGAACUUGAUUUAUUAAUUUUAUUCCUGGUAUAGUUUUUCAGCAUUCCUGUUUUAUAGCAGUCUUUAUUACCUUCAUUUGAUUAUAGGAAAAUCAAUGUCUAUUUUGUUGACUAGGGAUCCUGAAAGGUUACACUUAGUGACUCUCAACUGGAUGACUUUUCAUUUCUCCACAGAUGUUUUAGAAGUAUCUUGUCAGAAUAAAGGAAACUGGGAUAACAAAAGCCAUAAAAAAAUCUAAGUUUACAUUGCAGUCUAUUUAAGUUAAUUUUCAUUGCAAAGGUGCAAAAAUGAGAUUUUCUUUCUUCACUUAUUUUCCUCGUGGUCACCCUGUUACUGGUGGCACUAGGCAAAAACGCAUUUCUAUGCUCUAAAUUCUUUAAGUCUGCACUGGCUUUAACUAGUAUGUAUAUUAGAAUAUUCUAGAAUACAGGUCUAUUUACUCAUGUUGGUGCUUUGUUUGGAUAUUAAUAGAUUUGUGCUCCUUUACUGACUUUCACAUCUGCAUUUGUCUAUCUAACCAUUGCCACACCUCCCAUACAAGAUUUUAUUAAAAAUUUGCUUAUUUGUGUAAUAUUC